AUGACUCUUAAUUGGGAUUUCAUGGUGAUUUCUAGUUCCUCAAAGCAUGCUAUAGUUAUCUUUGUCGCUUUAAUAGUGUUGAGCAAUAGAGCAAACUGUGAUGAUUCUCUACAUGCCAACAAGGGGAACACCUGCCUAGAGAGUGAAAGGAGAGCUUUGAUUGCCAUCAAGAGCGAUAUGUAUGAUCCUGGCGAGUGGUUGUCUUCAUGGACCGGCUAUGAUUGCUGCAAGUGGAGAGGAGUUGCUUGCGACAAUGUUACUGGUUUUGUCACUAGGUUUGACCUUCACUAUCCCUAUGAAUAUAAUCCACGGGUGGAGAUUUAUCUUUGGGCGGAGAUUGAUUUCUAUCCCUAUGAUUAUAAUCCAUGGGUAGUGGAGCGUAUUGGUUCGAGCAAGGUAAAUCCUUCUCUGUUUGAACUGAAGCAUUUAAGAUACUUGGAUUUGAGCUUUAAUAACUUCUCAUAUGCGCAUGUGCCCCACAUGAUUGCCUCACUUGUGCACUUGGAAUACCUUAACCUCUCCAAUGCCUUUUUUGAUGGAUUAAUUCCUCCCGUGUUAGGGAAUCUUUCCCACAUACAACACCUUGACCUUGGAAAUUGUUAUACAUAUCCAAUUUCUCUAUUCUCAAACAACUUGAGUUGGCUCUCCAACUUAAAUUCUCUACAAUAUCUCGACAUGAGUUGUGUCAACCUCUCUAAAGCAACCAAUUGGCUCCACCAAAUUAAUUUGAUUCCUACUCUACAAGUGUUGCUUUUGGAGGGUGCAAGUCUCCCGCGUGUCUCACCUUCCUUACCCACAUUUAAUCUCACAUCCCUCACCAUGCUCGAUCUCAGUGGGUAUGAAUGGAACAUCAGCGCUUCCAUGUUGAGGUGGUUGUCUCAUGCCAGUAAUCUUGAACACCUCCAUCUAUCUGGAUGCUUGGGAUUGUUUGAUGCCAAGGCGCUUUCAGUUGCUUUGGGAGCUCUGCAUAAUUUGAGGAAGCUAGUUUUGAUCGAAACUCAAAUAGCAGGAGAAUUUUCUACAAUUCUGAAGAAUGUUAGCAAAAUGUUGCAAUAUUUAGAUGUGCAAUCGAAUUUCUUAUUAUCUGGAGAAAUUUCAACAAUUUUGUCGAUCCUUCCGCACCAACUGGAGUUCUUAGCAUUAGGCGGUAAUAACAUCUAUGGGAGAAUCCCAGAGAUGUUAGGGAAUUACACAAGCUUGAGACACUUGAGUAUGUCCUACACUCGAAUAACUGGAGAUAUUCCAAGAACAAUAGGGAAACUUAUCCAUUUGGAGUAUCUUGAUUUGUCUAGAAAUGAUAUAACAGGAGAGAUGCCAUUGAACGUAGGAAACCUUACAAACUUGGAAGAGCUAUAUUUGAGCGAAACCAACAUCACAAGAUCGAUACCAGAGAGUAUUGGUAAUGUUGUUUCCUUGAAGUAUUUGAAUUUGUUUGGAAAUAAGAUUACUGGAGAAAUACCAAAAACUUUGGGGAGUCUUCAAAAUAUGCUAAUAUUAGAUUUACAAGGCAACUUUCUCAUUGGGCAAAUACCAACAACAAUUGACAGAAUUUCCAACCUAUGUUAUUUGGAUGUAUCAGAGAACCACUUAACUGGAGAAAUACCAACAACGAUUGGCAGAAUUUCCAACCUGCGCUAUUUGAAUGUAUCAGAGAACCACUUAACUGGAGAAAUACCAACAACGAUUGGCAGAAUUUCCAACCUGCGCUAUUUGGAUGUAUCAGAGAACCACUUAACUGGAGAAAUACCAACAACGAUUGGCAGAAUUUCCAAACUGGGUUAUUUGUAUGUAUCAAAGAACCACUUAACUGGAGAAAUACCAACAACUAUUGGUAGAAUUUCCAACUUGUGGUAUUUGGAUGUAUCAGAGAACAACUUAAUUGGAGAAAUACCAAAGACUUUUGGCCGCCUAUGCAACCUAUGGAUGGUACCUGUCAUUAAACAAUAUCAUCGGAGAGUUAGCAGAUCUACUUGA